GUUUUGCUCUCCGCCCUCCUUUACCUCUGCAACGAUUUUGCUGUUGUUCUAAACCUCUCCUAAAAUUCCCAGUAUCAAAGAAGGAAGAUCACUCAAAUUGAAGAAUGGUUUUAUCGAACAAGAAGCUAAAGGAAAAGCUAAGGGCUGCGAAGGCCGAAUUGUUGGCAGAACAACAGGUUUCAGGGGGAGACCCAAAUCCUAAAACUGAGGAAUCACUCAAAACCAUUCUGAAAUCUGUGGCCCAGAAACCCAAAUUGUCCAAGAGAGAAAAGCGACGGGAAAAGGCGCAAUCUUUACUGGAAAUUUCUGCUAGUAUUGCGGGGGUUGGGGGAGAGAGUGGCAGUGGCAGUGGAGAUGUGAAGGGGGAGAAAGAGGGAGGUGGGUCAGAGGAGAGGAAUAAGAGGAAGAGAAAGAGGGGGGAUAACGAUGGGUUAGAGAGUGGGCAGGAAGUGAAGACGGUGGAGAAAAAGACAAAGAAGAAGAAGAAGAAGAAGAAGAAGGUGCAGAAGAAGAGUAAAGGGGAAAAGGAGGAGGGAAAUGAGGAACUGAAGGAAGGUGUGAAGAAUGGAGAAGAAGGAGUUUCACAGGCAAUUCAGGCUAGUGAAUGUAAAGAAAACGCUGAUAUCUCUACAAAAGUUUAUGUUGGAGGCAUCCCAUACUACUCCAACGAGGAUGAUAUUAGGAGUUUCUUUGAAGGCUGUGGCACCAUUACUGAAGUUGAUUGUAUGACAUUCCCAGACACUGGAAAGUUCAGAGGCAUUGCCAUCAUCAAUUUCAAGACUGAAGCAGCUGCUAAAAGAGCCUUAGCCCUUGAUGGAUCUGACAUGGGCGGACUGUUUCUGAAAAUCAAACCACACAACUCAUCUAGAGUAAACAAAGGAGUAAACAAAGUAUCAAACUUCUCCCCGGCUGUUGUGGAGGGUUACAAUAGGAUCUAUGCAGGAAACUUGUCGUGGGAGAUAACCGAGGAUGAUUUGAGGAAGCUUUUCUCUGAUUGCCACAUAACAGCCAUCCGAUUUGGCGAAGACAAGGAAACGGGGGAAUUCAAAUGUUAUGCCCACGUUGAUUUUGCCGAUAGCCCGUCUCUAAAUACAGCAUUAAAACUCGAUCAGACGAUUGUUUGUGGAAGACCUGUUAGGAUAAGUUGCGCUGUCGCAAAGAAGGGAGCGGUAACAAAAUCAAGAUCUACCCAAAGUGAUACUCAAGCAAAGAACGUUAUUGACGGUUCAAAAGCCACACCACAAAGUACUCGGGUUGACACACCGCAGAUUACUCCAGUGGACACGCCACAAAGUAAUCAGGUCGAGACACCACAAAGCAAUCAGGUGGACACUGCUGCAAUGAACGCGCUUAAUGCAAAGAUAAGGAGGCGGACGUGUUAUGAAUGCGGGGAGCGGGGCCACCUUUCUUCAUCCUGUCCCAAAAAACAAGCAGCAGAACAAGGAAACCAAGCUGCAAGCUGAUCUUGGAGGAGAUUGGUAAAUUUUGUUUUUUUCUGUUUUAUGUAGUUUGAAUACAACAUUACUCAAACAAAUCACAGAUGUUGUCUUCUAUUAGCUUUGAUCACUGUUUGAGAAGUCAAUGAACUGAAAAAUAUGUUUUUUUUUCAUUAUUGUACUAUAUGGAUUUAUUUAUUUUUGAGCCA